AUGUGUUGGUCAGUAGGUGUGCGGAAAAAAGAAGCCGUUCUUAUUGCAGCCGCCAAGACCAUGAGGACUCAGCACUCACUGCCCGGUAAGGUGAUCUAUCGCGACACGGGCGUUGAAGACGCCAAGGACAACCAAUUGAUCCGCCUUCGACACAAACGUCAAGAGAGCGUGCAGGUCUUCAUAGAAGUUGUCUUUUGCCUCAUCAGUGGGGGCGAAUGUGGGUCCCUGAAAAGGCGGACGUAG